AUGCUAUCUAUCGUCUUCGCGACCUUCAUAGCUGUGGCUGCUGCCCAAAGCACCCCUUGGCCUAAGUACGGCAACUGGACCGAGACCUUCAAUGGAUACCCAUACAUCCUCUCAGGCCCCAUGGCCCUGGGAAAGAAGACCGAUUUCGAACUAGAACGAUGCCACUACGUCCUCAGACUUCUCAAUGAGCGGACAAACGUCCCCGGCAGCCCGAUCCCGCUCCCGAUCCCAGCCUGGCUCUGCAUGGACAUCCUCGCCAAACGAAAGGCCACCAUCGGUGACCAGGGCUUUCUCGAGCUCUUCUCCAAGGAUAUUGAAGACGCCAAGAAUUUCUGGUAUGAUGUCAACCACAACUCCACGCUGAAUGAUUCUGCCACCUGGAAAGGAGUCGAGUGUCGCGCCCUCGUGCCUCUUCCCAACGUCAACGCGUGGGCUUUUUCGACGUGGUCUGCCUCGUCUCUCGCUGAUGCAGCUAACAAUUGUGGAAACGCGGAGCACUACUUCAAAAAGUCGAACAGUGAGGGCGGUCCAGGUGCGGCUGCGACUUCAAGGAUUCUAGAGGGCUGGGGCGGGGUGGUCACCAACUUUAGUAUUCCCAACCAUAGCACGAGAACCUGUGCGCAGAGACCGAUGGUGCGACCGCUGUCUGAUUUUCGACUCAAGGCGUGCGGUGACAAGAAUCUUGUCGACGGGAAGAAUACCAGAUUCGGGGUAUUGAAUAUUGCUGCAAGGGAUGUCAGUGUGCUUCGGUGUGGUAUGGGAGUGAUAUCUCGGAGGAGCAUCUCGAGGCGGAGAGGCAGCAUAUCAUGA